AAACUGCACACACUCUCAAACGUCAGACCGAUAUCGAAGAGCGAGGACGUGUAGCGAAACACUCCCGUGCCGUGCGUAGCAGGAGAUAUGAUGUAAGCGAAUGUGUGCAAUUGUGUGUAGAAUGAAUAAUUGGCUCCCACUUGCUUGGCAAAACACGGACGCACCAAACUGCAUGUGAAGUGGAAAAUCGGGAAAAUCCCGUCACCAUCGCCCUUGUGAAACAUCGAGAAAAUGGUGCCCAUCGGGACAGAAGAAUCGCAAAGGUGAACGAGCGAGCGUGUCGGAGUGUGUGUGUGUGUGAGUGUGUGUACGAGUUGUGCGUGAAUCGCAGUAGUGUGGCGCGUUAGUGGUGUGUUGGUGAGGUGGCGUACGUAAGCGUAGUUGUGUGUGCGCUCGACAGUUGAGCACUGUGUGUGCGCUUGGUCAGCAGCAGCAGCAGCGUAUGUUUUCGUUUUGGUUGGUCACAGGUCGCGGAAAUCGUGAUCUUUGUUCAUCGCCGGGUAAUUCCUUCGUCGGCACAUCGCAACCAACGUCAGGGAGCGAGUGAGGAAGAAAGCAGGAAAAAACCACGUCGUCAUCCAUCCACAUGCGACCGGUUAAUGCGAACAAGCCCAUUUCGAAGAAAAAGGAAGCUACCUGCAGCAGUUGGAACUGGACGAAGAAGCAUUUUUCCACCUUUUUUCUUCCUUCAACGAUUGCGGAUAAAACAGAGUAACACUGCUGCACCGUUGCCCAGCAACACCACUGCACGAGGAAAAGGCAGACGACACUCCUGGUGUACGGAACGAAAACGAACGACAGCGGUUUUCCUGGAGAAGCAAAGCCGUCAUUUUCCUUCCAGCAUUUCGCCUCGCUAGCUGAAGUGUUUUUUGAAGGCGUAGUAAACCGACGGCGACCCAUCGAGCCACACGUACAUGUGUGUGUGUGUAUGAGUGCGUCUGUGCGUGAACAACCCACCCGGCAAAGCGCUGGUUUCGGGGGAAAACAGUAUGGCAAGUAGUGUUGCCGCCGGUGGAAAACCGUUGGCAGCAGCAACGUCCGGCAACGUUGGCGAACGGCCGGGAGGAGACGGAAACGGACGGCGUAGCCAAUAGAUGUGUGGCCGAGCAAUCGCGAUUUUCAGUUGUUCUUUACUUAGUUUCCUGACCGUUCUACGUUCUACAUCCUUCCGAGAACGCACUUCUCUCGUCAGCAUUCACCAGCCAGCAGAAGCAGCAGCUGCUGAACUAACGUAAAAUUUUCACCGGCUUUUCCGCGCCCUUUGCGAGCGUGUGUGUAGAUCGGGAAGUUUUCGUCUUUUUGUUGGAUUUUCUGAUCGUUUCCGGCUUCUAUCACGCGCGCAUUUCGAAAGGACCUGCUCUCUUUCCUUUCGUUUCCGGUUCCGGUGCGGUCCGAUCCGAUUUAAUUCCUUCGCAAGUGGUUCCGCGUCACGCGCUUUUCCUUUCAAGGGUGUGUUUAGCUAUCAUCCUUGCGAUUCGAGCAGAAAUCUUCAUCGCAGCAACCACCCUCUCUCACUGUGUGCGUUGUGUGGUAGAUGUAUGUGAGUGGUGUUUUGGUGUGCCCCUGUGUGUGCUGUCGUCGCGUUCGCGUGAUUAUGCGUUGUGCCUCGCGGUCAACCGCUUUCUCUCCGCGCAAAAGAAAAGAAGCGAAAGCGAAUAGCAAAUUAUUCAUGUUUGGCUCGCCCGCUUGUGUAUGUGUGUGUUGUUUGUUGGGUCUGUGAGUUUCUUUUCGAUAGUGUGUGCGCGCGUGUAUAUGUGUGAGCGUUUCGCGCGUGUGUGUAAUUUGUACGUGUGCUGACCGUGCACAUCCUCUUCGAUCCUAACCUCCCCCUCCUCCCCCCUCGCACGAGAAAGCUUUCCGCCACCUUUCCGCGGCAAGGUGUGCCAGAGUGUGGUGAAGAAAAAGAGAUUUUCCCUCUUUGCCUGAGUCAUAGUCGGUGGAAAUCCCCAUCCCAAAACAAAACGAUCGGGGGGAGUUGAUAGGAGGAGAAGGUCCUUUGCGCUGGAUCGUCCCCUUUACAGCAGGGUCCAUUUGUUCUUCUACAUCUUCUUCUUCGUUCUUACAAGUACAACACAACAUUUUUCUGCUUCAGCAAACCGUGUGGUGGCAGCGAAUUGUUGUACGUCCAGAGACGAAGUAGAGCGGCGAGUAGAGUGGCAGCAGCGGUAGAAGCGUCGUCACGCACGAAACAGUGAAAAAAGUGCUCCCGAGAACGAAGUCAGCAGUGUAAUCCGUAAAGCCCCGUCGUCGGUGCAUUCGUUUUGCAAAGUGCAAAGCAAAGGAGGCGACGACGAAUACACGAGCGAGUAAGCAUUGAUGGUCCAGUAGCGGACGCGAGAUAGAUUUACCUUUUUUCCACUGCUUGUAUCCAACAAAACCGCCACAAUUUUGGAGGUAUUGUCAGAGGGCGUUUGUGGUUGCGGCGAGUGUGCAACCAGCGGCGGCGGCGGCACAGUACCGAGCGGCAGCAGCGGAGGAGGAGGCGGCGGCGGCGGCGGUACGACGGUUGCAACUUCCGGGGCUAUGGGUGCCCCGUCAAACGGCUCCAAGACGGCACAUUCAAAGGUUGCAACCGGAGGAGGUCAUGCCAACACGCAGACCUCCAGCAAGCGUUCCAGCAGCGGAGCCGACGGUGACUACCAGCUGGUGCAGCAUGAGGUGCUCUACUCCCUGUCCGCCCAGUACGAGGUCCUAGAAUUUCUCGGCCGCGGUACGUUCGGGCAGGUGGUGAAAUGCUGGAAGAAGGGCACGAGCGACAUCGUCGCGAUCAAGAUCCUCAAGAACCAUCCGUCCUAUGCGCGGCAGGGCCAGAUCGAGGUAUCGAUCCUCAGCCGGCUCAGCCAGGAGAAUGCGGACGAGUUCAACUUUGUGCGAGCGUUCGAGUGCUUCCAGCACAAGAAUCACACCUGUCUGGUGUUCGAGAUGCUGGAACAGAACCUGUACGACUUCCUGAAGCAGAACAAAUUUUCGCCGCUACCGCUGAAGUACAUCAGGCCCAUCCUGCAACAGGUUUUGACUGCCCUUUUGAAGCUGAAGCAGUUGGGCUUGAUCCAUGCUGACUUGAAGCCGGAGAACAUCAUGCUGGUGGAUCCUAACCGACAACCGUACCGCGUGAAGGUGAUCGAUUUUGGGUCGGCGUCGCACGUCAGUAAAACGGUGUGCAAUACGUACCUGCAGUCGCGCUACUACCGCGCACCGGAAAUCAUCCUCGGGUUGCCGUUCUGCGAGGCGAUCGACAUGUGGUCGCUCGGCUGUGUGGUGGCGGAACUGUUCCUGGGUUGGCCCUUGUAUCCCGGAUCAUCUGAGUAUGAUCAAAUCAGGUACAUAUCGCAGACACAGGGUCUACCGACUGAGCACAUGCUGAACAGUGCCAGCAAGACGGCAAAGUUCUUCUACCGCGAUGUCGACUCGACGUAUCCGUUCUGGCGGUUGAAAACGCCCGAGGAGCACGAGGCGGAAACGAACAACAAGAGCAAGGAGGCCCGAAAGUACAUCUUCAACUGUUUGGAUGAUAUUGGGCAGGUGAACGUGCCGACCGAUAUCGAGGGUGGACAGCUGUUGGCCGAGAAGACGGAUCGUCGGGAGUUUAUUGAUCUGCUGAAGCGCAUGCUAACGAUCGAUCAGGAACGGCGUAUCACGCCCGGAGAGGCGUUGAAUCAUUCGUUCGCAACGCUGGCACAUCUGGUCGAUUAUGCACACUGUAACAACGUGAAGGCUUCGGUGCAGAUGAUGGAGGUUUGUCGCCGUACGGACUCGAUGAUUCACACUUACAAUCUGAGUGUGCAACCGACGACGGCGACGCUGGUGACAAACUUCGUACCGAACACGACCGAGAACAUGACGAUCACGUUCAACAAUCAGGUACAGCGGAUUGUGCGCGAGCGGGCACCGACCUACGACAACCAUCUGUACCAGAUCUACGGCGGUCGUAAUGUGGGACGCCAGUACAGCAACGCACGUCCGGAUGCUUUCCCGCAUCAGCUGGUGUCGAGCAUUCUGUGUCCUCCCGGGUAUCAGACGAUGCCAAGCCCAACCAAGCACGUGGUUGUCGGCGGUACUUCGAUGCAACCGCCACUACAGGUCCCACCGCAGCAGUACGUCAACGUGCCCGUACCCGUGUCGAUGGUAGAACCAUCGUCCGGCCAACGGAUGCUGCUGACGAACGCGGUACAACCGAACGUCGCAUGGCCACAGUCGGGCCGGCAGGUCGCUAUCGUCCCUUCGUGGUCGCAGCAGCCCGGCCCUGCUCACUCGCUGAUCGUUGAUUCGGCACCGUUCCUGAAGCUGGAAGGAAUCUACCCGAACCCGCACCUCAACAUCCAAACGAGCCAUCACGAGCCGAAGAAAGAGUCACCCGUGCAUCAUCUGGUUGUUCGUAAAUAUUCCAGCGUUUCCCGGCACGACAAGAAGGAAAACAACCAAUUGUCGCCGGUUAAGAAGCGUGUCAAGGAGAAUACUCCACCCCACCAGCGGUACAACCGGAGCCACAUGUGUCCGCAGUAUCAUGACAACGGUGCAAGCAGCGGUACGGGUGCGGGAGCUAGCAGCAGCACCGUCGCCUCAUCCUCCUCGUCGACGUCCUCGUUCUACCAGCAACAGCAGCAGCAGCAGCAGCAGUCAUCGCAGGUCCCGAGUGCUGGUGGCAGUCAGCAGAUGCAAGCACCGCCGGUACAGCAGGCACAGGCACAGGCCCAGGUUCCGGCACCGCAGCAUCACCACCACCAUCAUCAUUCGCAGCAGCAACAACCGCAGCUAGCGAGUGGAAGUAGCGGCAGUGGUCACCACAGCCAUCACCAUCAGCAGCAACACUACCAGCCCGUCGAUUCGUCGGGACCGGUCAGUGGAGGAGGUAACGGUGGUGGUGGUGGUGCAGGCAAUCUGCAUCACUCAUCUUCAUCCACCGCGUCUUACGGCGGCAGUGGUGGUGGUGGUGGUGGUUCGUCCGUCGUGAUGGGUGGCAGUGGCAAUAUUCACCACAGCGGAAGCGGCCAUCAUCACCAUGGUAGCAGUGGACAUAUUCACCACGGUCAUAGCCACAGCGGCCAUCACAGUGGACAUCACGGUGGCCAUCACGGGCACGGUGGAAGUUACAGUGGAAGCAGCAAGCAGCAGACCAUCACGAUCCACGACACCCCAUCACCGACGGCUGUGAUUACGAUCUCAGACAGCGAGGACGAAUCGCCGGAGGUGAAACACAACACCAGCUCAUCCUCGAAGAGUUCGCACACCGCCUCAAACCAGGCGCCGCCGUGUACGCGUGGCACGCAUCAGUCCUCAUCGUCGUCGUCGUCGUCGUGUCGUGGAGGUGGUAAUGGUUGCAGCGGUGGAAUUAAGACGUCCUCUUCUUCGUCCAAUGUUGCCCACAACAGUUCUUCGUCAGCGAGCCAGAUCAAUGGUGGAUCGGGCGGUCACCAGCAGCAACCGUACCAGCAGUAUCCGCCACAGCAGCAACACAUGAGUGUUAUUAGCGGCGGAAGCAGCAGCAGCAGCGGCGGAAACGGUGUAUCUUGCAGUGCUGGAUCGAGCAGCGGUCGGCAGCGAAAAUCGGCUGCCGUGUCAUCGUCCGCCACAGCCUGCGUUACGGUCGGGGACAGCGAUGGCGAAGGAGAGCGUCGUAGUCCGAAGCAUCAACCGAUCAAAUACGAACAGCACGCGGGACAGUCGCAGAAGAAGCGUCUUCUAGCGAUGGCGCAGAACGAAUGUCUGCUGCUACCUUCGUCGGGUAGCAGCAGCAGCGGUGGACAGCAGCCACUGCACGUUCCGAAACAGGAACCGAGUGAGUUUGUUGCGUACGAGUAUCCUUCGCAACAGCAGCAGCAGUUGGACAAACGUUCCUCCUGGGCACCACCCACGAUGGGAUCGUCGUCCUCCUCCUCGCAUUACGGCAACAGUGGCGGAGGACACAAGCGCGAAUCGUCGUCCUACCUUCCAUCGUCGUCGGCGUCUUCGUCCUCCUCGAUGGCAGCGGCAACAGCUGCAGCAGCAGCGGCCGCCGCCGCAGCCAUUCAACAGCAGCAACAGCAUCAGGGUGGUGGCAGUGGCGGUUGUAGCGGUGGUGCAAUCGGUCAUGCUCCCCCACCGCAUGCACACGCCAAGAGUACACCGACCGGAGCAACCUCGUGGGGUCCGCCAACGGCUGCCGUCUACCGGCAACAUCAACCGAGCGCCAACACCCCACUGGGCAGCUCGCCUGGCGCCAUCCUGCAGCAGCACCAGCAGCACCAGGCCCAACAGCAGCCGGACAUUUACGCCCAGGGCGAUAUGUACCGCCGAUCGGCGGUAUUCGUGUCCCAGGCGGCGCCCUACCAGUCGGCGUACAACCGUGUCGUACCGCCGCCAGCCCACAAUGCCUCCAGCCGGCAGGUGCGGAACACACCGCUUAGCACUAGCUCGCCGUACGCGUCCAAACACGACAGCACGACCAGCACUGAGCGAUUCCCGUCUUUUCCGUUGCAGGUACUGCCCACGCAUCCGCUGCCGGCGCACAUACAGUUUCCGACCGCCCAGUACGGCCAGUUUGGGCCACUGAGUCCGGCUCAGAUCGCCAACAAGCACCAUUACGCCUGGUUCGGCGAGUAAAACCCGCCCCGCCCCUCUUCCUUCGAUAGCUGAACGCUUCACGUUUUGCACCACUCGUAUCCCGGACGUCGUGACGUGAUCUCGUUCCCGGUUCGUCCUCCUCAGUGGAAGAAUGGAACAGGUUGGAUGCAGAGAGAACACAGUCGACGCGAUCAUCCCCUCGUUGAUGGUGCGGAUGCCGUGCUGCUGUAAAGCGCGGGAGUGUCGGUGUGGAAAGAAUUGAAGGGAUCGUUGGCUUUUCGUUUGAUAUUUUUUGUACUUCUUUUUCAUUCAUUACGUGCUUUCCUUUUAUCGUCUUGCUGCAGGAUUUGAGCAAACAUUAGCUGUUAAACGGGGGUUUUGUAAAGCAGUCUUUGUUUAGCGUUUUAAUUUAAUGCUUUUAUAUGCCAAGUGUUUGAUGAAUACGUCCAUCCGUACACAACCACCUACGUAUGGAAGCGUUAGGAACGGGUGUUUAGAAGUGAAUUUUGUGGUUUGUGUGUGCACCUUCUCUACAUUUCUAUCGUUUUUCUUGUAAUUGCAGUUUGCUCAGUCAAAUACUUUCUAUUUUCAAUCAUGGCAUUAGCGUGUAUGUGUAUGGCAUUAGUGUGUGUAGAAGCAAAGAGGGAGAAUGCAAAUGGGCUUAGAUGUGUGCGUCUGUCUAUCUGUCUGAUAGUGAACGUUAUCAAGUUGUGCUACGUCGUCUGUGCUGUGUAGUAUUAUUACUGUCAAUGCACCACACACAUACGCUGCAUCGUUGCAGUCAUUUUCUAUGUAUAUUGGCAAAUGAAGGGGAAAAUCCUAAACUUGGCAGCUGUUAUAGCAAUGAGAGAGAAACAUUGGGAAACGUUUAAAUUCAUCGAUCGAUCGUCUGUACAGCGGAGAGGCGUAGCAGUAGCAAUGAAUGUUCAUUAAUGUGUUUCAGUGUUUCUCACACAAUCGUAAGAACCGCCAGCGACGGGAAAAUGGGGGUCUCUAACUUGCAUUGCGCUCUUAUGUCGGAAUAAUGUUUUACUAUUAGUUUCACAAAUUACUCUUACCUUUAUUAUGGAUUUAGUUCAAUUUAAAAAUUGUAAUGGAUCGAUGGUCACUGUUUUAGUGAAGGAAAAGCGUGGCAAACGAGGGCCACGGGUAAACGACUGAACUAAUAAGGCCGGCAACGUACGCGUGUGGGCAGGAUGAAAUCUGGAAAAUGUGUGCAGAAGCGAGCGAGGUUUUUCGUUAUAACGUUUGUGAUUAAGCUUGUUUUUUGUCGUUGGAAACCGUCUAUGUUUGCAUUCGCCAUAGCGCAUUACUCGAGUAAAUGUAAGCAAGCAUCAUCCGUAUACCUGUAGUAGUGUGUGGCGCACGUUUCUAAAUGAUUGGUACCUGUUGAACAAUUAUAAGCAAGCAGUUUAAACGUUUAAACCACUACAAGCGUGCGCGACUUUGUAUAAAUGUUCUCCUUAGCAGCUUUAGAAGGGUGUGAGGGCGCAAAAUAACAAUUCGCAUUUAAGUGUUUCACGAAGCAAAAACGGGAAAUCGGAUAAGUGUUGCUGGGUGAGAUUGUACCGGUGGGAGGAGGUGGUUGUUUUGUGAUUUUGGUUUAACACUGUGUAAAGCAUUCAGUUUGGAUUGGGUUUGGACAGCUUUCUACGAUAUCGAUCGGUUGUGUGGAACAAUUUGAACGCUACAAACUAGAAGCGAUCCGUAAGGGAGCCCUCCUUUUAACGCCAAGUAUGACAUAGUUCGGCUACUGCUAAUACACAUUGCCAGUAAAGUUUUUCACUGCGUUCGGCGGUAGAAAAACUUUACCCCCGUAAAUACAUACACGCGCUCGCGGGCAUCCAUAAGGAAUCGUUAUCGGAAAAUACUGAGCUGCAUAAGUCGCUGCUUCUUCUAUUGCACCCUAUCGACGGUUUAGUUGAACGGUCCUUGUAUUAAUUAAUUAACAAUCUAUGUUAAGCUGUGUGAAUAUUAUCUGGUUGCGUGGGUUCAUCAUUCCCCGCACCAAUCAAGUGUAUAAUCAGUAACAAAUGAAUACAGCAAAAUUGCCUUACGUGUGAAAAAAGAAGCAAACACAGUUAAACCCUAUAUUAAGUGUAACUACAAGAAAAAUGAAGCUGGUGGAACUUUUGUUAGCUUUUUGGUUUGGCAGCGUAUGCGCAGCCCAAUGGGGAAGUAAAUUCUUGGAUGUGGUAAGCUGUGUUUUCUGGUAUGUGUUAUGGGACAUGGGAGGAUGGAUCUAUAGAAUACGGAAAUCUAUGUCGUUCAGCGCUAGAAUGCUGGGGGACAGGACUAUCGUACUAAUAACAUGCAUUUGUGGCAGGCACCACCCAGCAAAGGGAUACGCUUCCCUCCAAUCAUUGCAGUCGAGGAUGAUGUUAGGUUUUGGUAAAUGGAGCAACAGGCUACAACACACACGAUCUCUCCGUUUGGCUUUCGUUUAGUCGCUCCAUAUUCAGAUCUCCCAUACUGGUUUCUGCCCACCACACCACGCAUUCUAUGAUUGGCCAGCACCAGCAUAGCAACCCCCGAUGUAAGCACCCAGACUCAGACUGUAAUACGUUUAUGUUUAAUGCUGUAUAAGUGUAAGGGCUCUAAAUAGAUACAUGUAUGGCGCGUAAUGCAACUAAAAUGCACUCUUGGGACGGGUUGAAGUAGGGUGUGAUAUCUUAUCGAGGAGCAGGAGGCGUACGGUGGUCGCCGGAGAGAUGAUUUUACAUACGUUUUAUUUUUGUGUUUUUUUUAUUAAACUUACUCAACUAAGAAACUCACAACAAACAAACAAACAAACUAAUCAAUUUAUAGAGAGACUGGCUAUUACAUACUUCUUCUUAGCUUUUAUUGCAUUAAGGUUUUUACUGUGUACUUUCUCACUGAUUCGUGUAUUACAACCGUUAAGGGUAUAUGGUUCUCUUGGUAGUUUGAAGGCGUGCAAAAAUGCUGCUUAUAGCAUAGCUUGGAUUAACGUUUGUUUUAGCAUUGUGCAACGAUUGGUCCCCAAAAUCUUUGUACAGUUUCCGUGGUUUUUUUCUUCGUUCUAUCUAAAGAGUCGAUUGGCUCACUAAGUGUUUCUUUGUGCUUUCGGGUUUUGUGUUUUACUCCUUGGUUAGUGUUAGGGCUGUCUGGGCAGCAGCAGUAUUCGUAAAACCUAUUCAUAUAUUAAUAUUCACGAGAUUAAUCGGUAGGCAUGAGUCGGUGUCUGUAGGAACAACUGGAGGCGAGGAUUAAUAAUGUUUGAUAAAUGCGUAUGUAACUAUUCUGAAUAAUCGUUCGUCUUUAUUUUAUUACACAUUUGCGUCUACACAAAUACCUACGUUUAUAAAAGCCGCCGCAGCAGUGAAUAAAAUAAAAAGAAAACGAUGAUAUACCUGAUACGGGAUUAUAACAAUAAAAGUAAACCAACUAGAGGAAACACUGUAGAUCAAAACACCAACCGCCAAUACAAAAAUGAAGCGCGCUCGCGAUACUUCCGAGAUGCCGUGCGUGCGAACCUAGAGUGACGCACCAACCAACAAUGGACAGAUUUAAAUGGUUACUUUUCAUAUUCGUGUGUGUUUUAUUUGUACUUUAGCCCACUUUAAAAGGGCCACGUUAUAAGCAGUAUAUAUAUAAAUCAGUUCCAAAAAAAAAACAAUUGCUUUCUAAAUAUUGCUGCACCACUACGCCGACGCCAUACCCAGGAUCGAUAAUCAUGAUUUGUAGCUCAGCGAACAGGGUGAGGAAAUGUUGGGUAAAAGGAAUCCUCCAUCCCGGUUUUGUUUGCACCUCAUUUAACGCAUCUCUAUAUGAUACACAUAUUCAUAUUCAUCCACCACUCCAGAGCUCUUUGGAUCGUUUUUUUGGAGUGGUUUGUGUUGGCUGGUUUAAUUUUGUUUUUUACUUUCGCCGGUGGUAUAUGCGAACACCCCUCCUUUUGUACGAUAUAAUAAGUAACGUAUUGCCUUAUAUGGAAAUAAUAUAAACACUACUAAGAAAUGGAAAUAUUCAAUACGAUUUGAUAAUAUACUAUAUAGCCUAGCUCUAUCGGGUUUGAUUUUUCUACGCGCCCUUCGAUAAAGAAAAAAAGAUGCACGUGCGCGUGUGCGCAAUAGUGUUGAACGAGAUAAUUUUAAAUCAUUGGCGAGGAAUGGAUAACAAAAUCAGAACGUGUGGCGCCUAGCAAGCGACCACUUUGUCACAAUUUGUAAGAGAACAUACUGUUUCUUUUUUUUCGUAUGUGAAAGGUACACAACACACAAAGCUAAAGCAAAAAUCGAGAACGAGUAAGCGUACUAAGAGUAAUGAGUAAACUGUAUAACAAAACCACUACACGUUUAUAUAAAUAUAAAUAUGCAAAUAUGAAGUUUAUGGUAACGAAAAACGUAAAAAAAAAACACAAGCAACAAAGCAAAAGAAAAGAAAAAAAGUCGCUGCUCCCUAAAAAGUGCAGAUGAGAAUAAAGUCACAAGAAAAAAGUGAAAAAAUCAUUACAAAACGUAUAACAAUGGUCCGGUUCCACGCCGGGUUUGGUUUUUGUUUUGUUUUUUAUUUUAAUAAUUUAUUGUUUUGAUAUCAGUUCGUUUUAAUUUUGUUAAAGAAAAAACACACACACACACACAUUCAAACGCUGAUAUCGGAACACUCACUGUCCGAAGCUAGUUUAGUUUCGAUUAUUAUUUUCUAUCGUUUACUAAUCGAUUUUCCUUGUUUUCAGGUUUUUAUUUUUCCGAAUUUUCUAACGAAGGACAUUUACUACUCCUCGAAACGACGGCACAAUCCUUUUACAAUAGAGCUGGAAGCACAUUGGGGUGUGUGCGCAGGAGGCUACAUUGCCCGAUUGCCCCAAAGUGACUAGUAAUGUGAUCAAACGGUUGGUGUAUGUACUCUGUGUAUAUAAUCGAAUACUUGUUAGCGGGUCUAGGUUUUUAUUGUUGAACAGGAAACAAAACUAUGCUACCUUUUUUUCGGCCAGCGUCGAAAGUCGGCAGUCAGUCUGCUGCCUAAAAGGACUGCCGCUAUGUAGGAUGAUUGGAAAACAACGUAAGGCGGCGUGUAGCAUUGCUAUCUUAAUGUAAAAAAAAACUGUUUGUAUUUUUAACUGGGCAAAACAACAUUACUAGCAUUGUGAUUAACUAAGCUGGAUGUAGAGUUGGCUAACACAAAAAAAAAAAAACACUACACGCGUACACAAACACUAUAGUGCAGCAGGAAAAAAGGCAAACAAAAUGGCCGAAUCAUUGUAGCAUUUCUUGGUGGCUCUUUUGCAAACUCUUCUUCAAAUUCGUACUGAGUGUGUACCUACUAUUACACUAUUACUACCAAUACUAUUACUGACUGUGUGUGUGUGUAUGUUUGUUUGUGGCGAUCAGAUAGAGAGUGAACGACUAUAGGCACACGUUUUAACAUGAUGUUAGUAUGCAAACAAAAAACUUAAUCGAAGGACAACACUAGAUGAUAGAUGUGAUGUAAACUAACAAACAAGCUAGCCGUAACUAGAAAUGCCAGAGACAAAACAUGGGAAAGCAAGCAGUGAAGCAGUGAAUUUUAACCGUACAUUUUUCUCACACAUACACGCUCUCUCCUCCUCCCUCUCUCUGUCUCUGUCUGUCUAAAGGGUUCCCUCCGUUUUUUCCUGCAUCCGGUCUUAAUGCGCCCCGGGAAUGCAUAUCCCUCCUAUAACAAAAUGCAUGUUCGUUCAGAGAAAAAAUCAGUUAUGUAGUGGGAUAUUGUAACAACACAAUUUGUAACUUUCUACUCGUCUAUUGGUCGUUCCAGAGAAAAGGCAACUUGAUAGCAGUUUUUUGAACUAACGCGCGUGUGUAUGUGUCUAGGAACGGGUGGUCUAUAAAUGCUUUUAAAACACUGAUUGUACUAGAGAGGAGUUGGUGUAGUAGUUGUUCGGUUUUUUGAAUCCUAGUAUCCAGCCCGGGGCCAAUAGUAGGUCCAUGUGCAAUGGAAGGCUUUCUUUUUGGUGCCACAUGAAUAGGCUCGAUUUGGGUCAAAAAAAAUAAUUUAAAGGUUUUUGUAUCUUCGUACAGGUAAAAUAUUACAGAACUAUCCAUUUAUAUAGAGUCAUAAUAUAUUAGAUUGGUUAAAAUAUUGGAGGAACUUUUUUUAGAAGCUACCAUUCAAAAUUUCUGUAUUUUUUAGUAAUGUUGAACUUUUUCCUCUUUCCUCCCUCUUCUUUAAAAGUUGUUGAGCCUAAAAGCUGACGGCUAAAAGCUGAAUUGAGACUCCAGAAUGGUGAGCCUACCGUCUGUGCGAGCCUCUAUAGUUUGAACAAAUCAGCUGCAAUUCAUACAUUUUCUACAUUUCCCAUCCCGCUUUUCUGGUUCUCCAAAUCACAUGUUCUAUCGUUUCUCAUUGCGAUUCAUGCAAAUUGAUAAUAAACUCUAUCCCAGAUGAAUAUUAGCUGACAAAGGUAGCGGCGGCGGGUGGGGUCAGCAAAAUUUAGACGAAGCCGCGCGUCCGAAGCACCGGAGAAGGAAACACAAUGAACGCAUCAAACCGAAAUACAUAUUUGUGAUAAUAAAAUUAACAUAGAGUGCAUAUAGGAGGAUAUAUACAUAUACCAUAUUAUACAUAUUAUCUAUAUACAAUACAUUUCAUGUUUAAUAAAAUCACAAACACACCCACACACAACAAGUUAGAAAAGAGGGAGGGACGGGAUAGGUGUGUGGUGGUGUUUGACUUUUCAAACGUUCUUUGGGCUGGGGCUAGCGGAUACAGCGGAAUCUUUCUUCUUCUACCUCUGUAUCCUGCCAAUACAAACUGGCCGCCGUAAGCAAAUUUUGAAAAAAAAAAAACACACACACACAAGGAGGAAAAACAAAUAACAAAACCAAAAGCUUUUAUAUAACAAAGAAAACAAAUGGUAGAACGCUUAGAAGAUCGAUCGUUUGUAUUGAACAAAAAGGGAAAGAAAUAUUGAAAAAGUAAAAUAAACCAAAACAUAUACAACAUAACGCUAACGUUUGUUGCCGUACGUAUUAAAGUAGUGCCCGUGCUCUACAGAGAGAGAGAGCCAGAGAUUUUGAAACAAAAUGGCAGGGUUAUGUGUUUGGUAGGCAGGACAAAAUGGCACAGCUAUAACCGAUUUCAUGGCACCUAGCGAUACUUUCUAUGUGAGCGAACCGAAACCCCCCACAAACAGGUCCAAAGUAACAUGUUUUAGUAGUAUUUCUAUAAUGGAACACACACACAAACACACCGUAUCUUCAAAUGGUUGCAUAGUAAAACUUAAUCGGAAAUGGCCAAUUUACAAGUUUAUUAGUGUCGCUCUUUGUAUACCAACAGAAACUAAGCAAUGGCUAACUUACAAACAUUCAGUCCACUUCUGCAUACUACAUAGCGCAGCUGCACACCCGUAUUUGUAACCGUAUUUUGCCAUUUAACAAUACACAGUACCAUAGUCUGCUCCUUCUUCUACUCCUCCGUUCGCUGCGAGAGAGUAAGGCUCCAGCUUCAAGCUCCGUGCGACCAGCAAGACCAGAAAGAGACCAGCAAGAGUAACUUUUACACAUCCCAUCGAUUAGAGAAACCGGAAGCAGUUAGGGGUUUUGUACAGUAAGGCGAGCAAAAGGCAAUGAAAGUUUUCUGCAGAACCAACCAACCAACCAACCAACCUUAGUAAGUUUUUACCAUUCGAAGGAGGAAGAAGAAGGUGGGCGAAGAAGUUCAGCAAUACCCACGACCACCCAGCCGCUCGCUCUUUCUCGCAAAGUCGAAAUGUGUAGGAACUAAAAUGGAGGGCAACGUUUUAUACAAAAGCUUCUCAACGUACUUGCGAACACAAUAAUCGAAUAGCGAGCGAAUUAUUAUAAUAAUAGCUAAAACCAACUAGUAACAUACACGGACAACCAAUAGCGACUAGUUUAAUUCACAACUAGAAAGCAAACGUAAAACACACACACACACAAAGCACAAAUAACGGAAGAAGGAGAACCAAAUAGGAGAAGAACAACAAACCAAUACACACAAAUAGACAAAACGAAGACAAAACAAAACAACCGAAACCAAACCAAGCUCUUGAAACAUGAGAGAAUAAAAAAAACGUAUAAACAUGAAAUAAAACGGGAAAGUCUGAUUAAUUUUAAUGUGUACACAAGCGAAGAACAAAACAAAACAAAACAUAGCAAACGAAAUAAGAAGCAGAUAGUAAGAGAAGAAGAAGAA